UAGCCACACGCACACACGUAGAGGAUCAGUGUGAUCGUGGAGCAAUGGUUGGGUAUGCAAUCUCCUCGUUUCCAACUCUCUCGUUUAACCGUUUCGUCGUUCGUAAUGCAACGCCGUUUUCGUGCAAAGCGCAAGCUACGAAGUCCGUAACGGAAUUUCCGACAGCCGGGAGAAGACAGUUGAUGUUUCUUCUCACGGCGUCUACGGCUUUGACAGCUAGGGAAUCGGUGUCUAUGGCGAAGGAUAUACCUCUGUUUGGGAUACGGAAGAGUUUGAAGAAAGCGGAGGAAAAGGCUGAAGAGAUUGUGAGUGAAGGAUUUGAAGCGGCGGAGCGGGGACUGGAGACGGCGGAAAAGGGAAUUGAGACGGCUGAGAAGGAUAUAUCAUCUGCGGUGGGUUUUGGAGGUUUGGCACAGGCCGGUGUGGUUGCGGGAGCUGAGGUUUUCGGUGUUUUGGUUGCUACGGCGGUGGUGAACGGUAUUUUGGGGCCUGAGGCUCAAAAGUCAUGACUCGUGAGUCGUGAAUAUUAUCACUACAAUUCAAUUUUAAUAAUGUAAUAACUCUGUAAUUGUAAGAAUGUGCCUGCAUUUUGUGUUUAUUUUUAAAUUUUUUAUACCAAAGUAUUUUGUGGUUAUGUUAUGUUAUGUGAUACGAAUUGCAUAUUA